AUUUCGGAUCUUCCCUCCCCCUGCCGCUCGACUCGAAACCGAAAUUUGGAUAGCGCCUUGUUAUCUAUCCGAUAUCCCAGCACACUGCUUUCUCCCACGCCGGCACCAUGGACACCCUAACCCCCCUGAACACAUCGGACACCCCUCUACCCUCCCCCGGCACACCAACACAACCCCCCCUCCUCAACUACAUCCUCUCCUUCCUCCUCGUCGGGCUCGCCUGGGGUUUCACUACCCCCUUCCUGCGGCGGGCCGCCAAGACGCAUAACCCCCCACCUCACCCGCUUCUGGAGCGAGAAUCAGUGCAAAGGAGCGUGGUGAAGAGAAGCACACUGGGGGUUUGGUUUGCGGUGACGGACCUGAUCAAGAACUGGAGGUAUGCGUUGCCGUUGGGGAUUAAUUUGAGUGGAAGUUUGUGGUUCUUUCUGUUGGUUGGGGGGUCAGAGUUGAGUUUGACGGUGCCGAUUGUCAACACGACGGCUUUUUUGUUUACGGUUAUUGGCGAGUGGUGGGUGGAGGGUAAGGUUAUCAGUCGUGAUACAAUGCUGGGAAUGCUCUUGUGUUUGGGCGGUAUUGCGCUUUGUGUUCAGAGCAAGAACGUGUGAGCGUUGACGUUUUA